AUGUCCGCCUUACAACCCAUGAAGAUCACUGUUCAAGUGGUGGGUGCCGAUGGGUUAUACAAGAGAGACGUAUUUCGGUCACCAGACCCAUUCGCUGUAAUCACCGUUGACGGUGCUCAAACAAAAUCUACUUCAACUGCAAAACGUACGUUACAUCCUUUUUGGAACGAGAGCUUCGAGUUCAACUGCACACAGAACUCGAUACUUGCUAUUCAGAUUUUUGACCAGAAAAAGUUCAAGAAGAAGGAUCAAGGGUUUCUGGGUGUCAUUAACCUUCGGAUCGGAGAUGUUAUCGAUUUAGAGAACGAUAUUAGUCAAUCGGAAACCCUCACAAGGCCCUUAAAAAAAUCAAAUGAUAACCUAAUAGUAAGCGGGGAGGUAUUCAUUACUCUCUCUCAUAAAGGUCGAGGAAGGCAGGGUGGAGCCGCUUCUCACAUGUCUCCUCCAAAUGGACCUCCUGCAGAGCUGCUAACCCCUGGACCUUCCGCCAAUGAUGCAGGAUCGAACCCUCCAGGGCUUAUUUCUGCCUCCAAUAGACAGUAUUCUUCAUUCGAGGACCAGUACGGAAGGUUACCUCCGGGCUGGGAACGCAGAACUGAUAACUUUGGAAGAACUUACUAUGUCGAUCACAACAGUAGAACUACUACUUGGACUAGACCCGCUUUGGACCAAUCCGAAGCUGAUAGAACCAACCAAAGAGUUAAUGCUACCGAAGCAGAACGAAGGCAACACAUGGAUAGAUCACUUCCAGGGGAAAACUCCAGCUCGACCACUGUUGGCAAUUUGAGCAGUAGCGGUUCUGUCAAUGCUUCAAACAACCAAACAGCCCUGUCAAUGGCAUCAAAUGGAUACACCACUUUCGGAUUGGGAGAGCUUCCUCCAGGUUGGGAACAGCGGUUGACGGCUGAGGGAAGGCCAUAUUUUGUCGACCAUAAUACACGAACUACCACAUGGGUUGACCCUAGAAGGCAGCAGUAUAUCCGAAGUGUUGGGCCCAACACUACUGUUCAGCAGCAACCUGUGUCGCAGUUGGGACCACUGCCUAGUGGAUGGGAAAUGAGGCUGACUAACACCGCAAGAGUCUACUUUGUAGACCACAACACCAAGACCACUACUUGGGAUGAUCCAAGAUUGCCUUCGUCCUUAGACCAAAAUGUUCCGCAGUACAAGCGUGACUUCAGAAGAAAAGUGAUCUACUUUAGAUCCCAGCCAGCACUUAGAAUCUUACCUGGACAAUGCCAUAUCAAGGUGAGACGAUCACAUAUCUUUGAGGAUUCAUACCAAGAAAUUAUGCGUCAAUCGCCUGAGGACUUGAAGAAGCGUUUGAUGAUCAAGUUUGACGGAGAAGAAGGUCUGGAUUACGGAGGAGUUUCCAGAGAAUUUUUCUUUUUACUUUCUCAUGACAUGUUUAACCCAUUCUAUUGUUUGUUUGAAUAUUCUACUCACGACAAUUACACGUUACAGAUCAACCCCAACUCUGGAAUUAACCCUGAGCAUCUUAAUUACUUCAAGUUCAUUGGAAGGGUUGUCGGAUUGGGAAUUUUCCACAGAAGAUUCCUGGAUGCAUUCUUUGUUGGUGCUUUAUAUAAGAUGAUUUUGCAUAAGAAGGUAAUUCUGCAAGACAUGGAGGGAGUUGAUGCUGAAUUUUACAGAUCACUGAAAUGGAUAUUGGAAAAUGACAUCACCGAUGUGUUAGACUUAACAUUUAGUGCAGAGGAUGAGAGAUUUGGAGAGAUCGUUACUGUGGACUUGAAAGAAGGCGGUAGAGAUAUUGAAGUCACUGAAGAGAACAAGAUGGAGUAUGUUGAGUUGAUAACUGAAUGGAAGAUCCACAGACGGGUUGAGCAACAAUUUAAGGCAUUUAUGGACGGAUUCAACGAAUUGAUUCCUCAAGAACUAAUAAACGUGUUUGACGAAAGAGAGUUAGAGUUGUUAAUUGGUGGUAUCGCAGAUGUUGACGUGGAAGACUGGAAGAAACAUACCGACUAUAGAGGAUAUCAGGAGAGUGAUGAGGUGAUUCAAUGGUUCUGGAAAUGUGUCACUGAAUGGGACAAGGAGCAAAAAGCCCGUUUACUACAAUUCACAACGGGAACAUCUCGUAUUCCAGUCAACGGUUUCAAAGAUCUCCAGGGAUCAGACGGUCCUCGUAGGUUCACCAUUGAAAAAGCUGGAGAGUCUAAUCAAUUACCCAAAUCUCACACUUGUUUCAACAGGGUAGACUUACCGCCCUACAAGGAUUAUGGAAGCUUGAAACAAAAGUUGACACUAGCUGUAGAGGAAACUGUUGGAUUUGGUCAAGAGUAA